CUUUUUUUUAAAGAAAAAUAGAAUAAAAAUACUUUGUGGCAAUCACACAUAGUCACUGAUUUACGUUUGAAAGUUUAAAAGCAUGGUGCAUUUUAAAAAGAAAAAAAGGAUAAGGAUGCAUGAAUUAAAAUGUGCAUCGGUUACGCAAGGAGUUACGAAAUAAUGGAAGCGAGUGCAUGCCUUGAUCCUUCCGUAUGCAACUUUCUCUCAGGAGCGUGCAUGUUUCACUUUCUUUUUUCAAGUACACGACUCAAGCGUGCGUCAACUCCCGAAAUAUUCAAAACAGGACUUUGAGCCGGAUGUUCGAUAUCCGUCUGGGCGGCUAACUUUCGUUUCUUGAAAACAUUCCAAAUGUGCUUGUUAUGUAAAUUUCAAGCGAAAGUUAUGAAAAACAAAAUUGUCCAAUAAAUGGCACACAUGGUUAAAGCAUGGUACCCAAUCGUUAGAUCAGAACCACGAUUAAUUUUCUAAAUCAUCAUGUUCUCCACUGUGAUGCUGCUGGUAAUAUUAUUACUCCUACUGCUGUAUCUGUCAUCAAGAAAACCAAAAGGAUACCCUCCAGGGCCGAAAUGGUGGCCGAUUUUGGGUUGCGCCAUAGAGGUGGCUCGCCUUCGCCAGAAGACUGGUUACCUGAUCAAAACCUGUUCUGCUUUAUCCAAAAAAUAUGGGCCAGUGGUUGGUCUGAAAAUCGGUACCGAUCGUAUCGUAGUAUUAAAUGACUAUGAAAGUAUCCGAGCGAUGUUAACGGACGAAGACUGCGAUGGUAGACCAACUGGUCCAGUAUAUCAAACAAGAACUUUUGGUACAAGAAAAGGUCUAAUAGUAGUAGAUGGAAAUCUAUGGGUGGAACAAAGAAGAUUCGUUUUGAAGCAUCUUCGUGAUUUCGGAUUUGGUCGCAAAAGUAUGGCCACGAUAAUAGAGGAAGAAGCAAUGUCGCUCGUCGGACACUUCAAAAAGUUAAUCGACAGCGAUUACAAUGAACGAAUCAACGAAUCUAAAAUACAUUGUAAUAAUAACGAGAACGUUGAUGGACAGAUAUACAAACUGAUAAAGAAGGACAACGUGGAUACAUCAGAGUCCACGGAUAAAUACAUAACGAAUAAAAAACACUUAACAUCUUCAGAUAAGUACAUGAACAUGAACGAUUACGUGGAGAUAAAGAAAAUGGAUGAUGGAAUAGUUAUCCCAAUGCACGAUGCCUUUGGUGUCACGGUACUCAACACCCUAUGGAGAAUGAUGGCUGGUAAAAGGUUCAACCUUGACGAUCAGGAUUUGACUUAUUUGCAACAGCUUCUGGCGACGCUUAUGAACGAAAUCGACAUGAUCGGUGCACCAUUCGGUCACUUCCCGAUAUUGAGGUUCAUCGCACCAGAAAUGUCCGGGUACAAAUCGUUUCUGGAGGUCCAUCAGAAGCUCUGGAAAUUUUUAAGGGAUGAAUUGGAUGGUCACAGAAAUACAUUUACACCAGACUCACCAAGGGACUUGAUGGACGUCUACCUGGAUGUUCUAAGUUCCAAGAAUUAUAGCAAUACAUUUUCAGAGGCUCAAUUACUUGCAAUUUGCGUGGACUUGUUCAUGGCAGGCUCUGAAACAACGUCCAAAUCUCUUGGUUUCUGUUUCUUAAACUUGAUGCUGAAUCCGCAUGUUCAGAAGAAAGCACACGAAGAAAUAGACAGAGUAAUCGGACGAAACAGACCACCCACUCUGGAGGAUAGAUCAAAAAUGACAUAUAUGAAUGCAAUCGUCCUAGAAUCGUUAAGAAUAUUCAUGGGACGAACAUUAAACGUACCUCAUAGAGCGUUAAGGGAUACCUCGAUAUUGGGCCACAGGAUACCAAAAGACACGAUGCUUAUUGUAAAUUUCGACAGAAUAUUGAUGGGUGAAUCAUGGGGUGAUCCAGAAAACUUUCGACCAGAAAGAUUUAUCAAUGAAAGUGGUAACAUCGUUACGCCACAGACAUAUUUUCCAUUUAGCAUUGGAAGACAUCGUUGUAUGGGAGAAAACUUAGCCAGGAGCAACAUAUUCAUUAUAACCACUGCAUUGCUGCAAGCAUUCACGUUUUCUCCAGUACCAGGAGAAGAGAAACCAUCUUCACAAGAUUUCGUCGAUGGUGUGACAAGCGGUCCUAAACCAUUUGGAGCAUUGGUUUCUUUGAGAACGUAACAAAAUAACAUAACAAAUUUUAAUCAAAUUCUGAUCAGAUUCUAGUUUUUAAUUAAAAAAAGAAAAAAGCAAGAUCGUAUAUAUGGUCAUUGUUAAAUAUAGAUUUUCUUUUAGACUGUUUUAUUAUGUAAAAUAUAAGGUAAAUUUGAGUAUACUUUUAAGUGUAUAUGAUUGGAGUACUCUUAUUGAGGAAUUGUUA